UCACACAACUUCCGUGUGUUUUGUAAUGUGGUGUGUUUUGUGACAGCAUUAUGUAGCACAGAUGUUAUACUGUUGGAAUAUUAAAACUAUAUCAUCAUUGAAGAAGAAACAAUUGAGUGUUUUUUUUGUUGUUGUUGUGUAAAGUGUAUAUACAAGACAAUUAUAAUAGUUAUAAAGAACUUGAGUAAAAAAAAAAAAAUAAACCUGUCAUCAAAUAUAAUAUUCACGUCUGUUUCUUCAUGAUCAAUGAUAAGUCAUAUCGUGAAUCAUUCUCUAAAAGUCCGGUAAAUAAUGAUCCUCAGGACACAAAAUCGAUAAUUAUUUGGUGAUUAAGUUAUUUUUAUUAUAUAAAAAAAAUUCAUUUGGAAAUAAUAUGGACUGUUCAAACUGUUUAUAAUAUAUUAUAAUAUUGAAUCUGCAUUUUCUAUUUGAUAAAAAUCGAUUACUUUAAUGGAUGACGAGGAGAGUUUACGGAGAAAAAGAGGAUCUGGAUGUCAAUUCCAGCCUCUUAAACGAAAAACAGAAACGUCAAUUGAAGAAAAUGACUUGGACAGUAGUAUAAAUGCAGAAGAACACAAUGAGCUUGGAGACAUGACAUUUUGUAUGGCAAAUUAUUUAAAAGAGGCUAUGAAAAUGAUGUUUAUGAUGCGUAGUCAUCAUAUGUUGACUGAUGUUAUUUUAGAAGUUGGUUCCGAAUUAUUUCACGCUCAUAAAGUCAUAUUAGCAGCAGCGAGUCCAUAUUUUAAGGCAAUGUUUACUGGAGGUUUGAAGGAAUGUGAAAUGACAAGAGUUAAAUUACACGGUGUAUGUCCAACAGCAAUGGCAAGAUUAAUGUAUUUUAUGUACACGGGUCAAAUUCGAGUGACUGAAGUUACUGUCUGUUCAUUAUUGCCAGCUGCGACAAUGUUUCAGGUAAAUAAUGUAAUUGAGGCGUGUUGUACAUUUUUGGAAAAACAACUUGAUCCAACGAAUGCAAUAGGAAUAGCAAAUUUUGCCGAGCAACAUGGCUGUCAAACAUUAUUAAAUAAAGCAAAUCAAUAUAUUUUACAACAUUUUACACAAAUUUGUUUGGAAGAUGAAUUUUUACAAUUGUCAGCAAUGCGAUUAAUUGCACUUGUGAGGAAAGAUGAAUUAAAUGUACAAGAAGAGAGAGAGGUUUAUAAUGCUGUAUUAAAAUGGGUGAAAUAUAAUGAGGAGGCAAGAGGACCAAAAAUGGAGAAUAUAUUGCAAGCAGUACGUUGUCAAUAUUUGACACCAAAUUUUCUUAAGGAUCAAAUGAUAAAUUGUGAUGUUUUAAAGAAAGUACCUGCAUGUCGUGAAUAUCUUGCGCAAAUAUUUAAAGAAUUAACACUACAUAAAAAGCCAAUUGUUAAAGAAAGAACACCAAAUACACCGAGAAUUAUUUAUAUUGCCGGUGGUUUUUUGAAACAUUCAUUAGAUGUAUUGGAGGGUUAUAAUGUUGAUGAUAAAACAUGGUCGAAACAUGCAAAUUUACUUGUUCCACGAUCGGGAUUAGGUGGUGCUUUUGUUAAAGGAAUGUUUUAUGCUGUGGGUGGUCGAAAUAAUUCGCCAGAUAGCAGAUUUGACAGCGAUUGGGUGGAUAGAUAUAAUCCAAUAAUGGAUCAAUGGAGACCUUGUAGUCCAAUGUCUGUGCCGAGAAAUCGAGUUGGCGUAGCAGUGAUGGAUGGAUUAUUAUAUGCAGUCGGAGGAAGUUCUGGUCCAGAAUUUCAUAAUACUGUGGAAUGUUAUGAUCCUGAGGAAGAUUCAUGGACAAGUAUUAAAUCAAUGCAUGUUAAAAGAUUGGGUGUUGGAGUUGCGGUUGUAAACAGAUUACUCUAUGCAGUUGGUGGAUUUGAUGGGAAAUAUCGUCUAAGUUCUGUUGAAUGUUAUCAUCCGGAAAAUGAUAAUUGGACAAUGGUUUCGUCAAUGAUGUGCUGUCGAUCUGGAGCUGGUGUCGCUAGUUUAGGUCAAUAUAUUUACGUAGUUGGAGGAUACGAUGGAACAAGUCAAUUAAAAUCAGUCGAGAGAUACGAUACCGAGACAAGUGUCUGGGAAACAGUAAGCAGCGUUUCAGUUGCUCGCAGUGCCUUAAGUGUUACUGUUUUAGAUGGAAAAUUAUAUGCUAUGGGAGGUUACAAUGGUAAUUGCUUUUUAAAUAUAGUAGAAAUUUAUGAUCCCGCUAAAGAUCAAUGGGAAUUGGGUGUUCCAAUGUCAUCGGGAAGAUCGGGACACGCCAGUGCAGUAUCAUAUCAACAAUGUCUUAGUCAUUAUGAUCAAGUAGAAAAUAAUACAAAUCAAGAAAAAGAGCCAUCGUGACAUAAUAAUUUAAUUUGAAAUUAUAUUUUUCAUGGGAUCAAUAAUUUUUUCUUCUUUUUACACAAAAAUUUGAUCUCUCUCAAUGAGAUCAGAAAUUAUGUGUAAUUUGAUUUCUUUCUUGAAGUUCAAGAACUUCCACAUAUCUCAAAUGAAAGUGAGAUUUUUAUUUAUGCCAUUAGAGAAAAAAAAGAUUAUACUCAUAUUUCUUCAUUUCACUAAAAAUCUUUCUAUUCUCUCAUUAUUAAUAGAAUUAAAAAAAAUCGUUUUCCUUUAAAAAAAAGUUCACAAUUGUAAAAGAUGGAAAAUGUAAUUUUCUACUUUUAGUACAAAAAUGUUUUCACCUUGAAUAAGUUUUAUUUAUAAUUUUUAGAUAUCAAAAAAAAAUAAGAUUAACAGUCAAAUUAAAUUUGUAUGUAUUUUUAAUUUAAAAAAUGAAUUUUUAUAUUAUUUUUGAAUGAGAAUUGAAAAAAAAAAAAUGUUUAAAAAAAUAUGUUAAUAUGAACCAUUGUUAUUGUUUUCUAUGAAAUCAAAUUGGUUCAGUGAUAUUAAUAUUUGAGCAUGAAUUGACAUGCGAAUCAGACUGAAAAAAAACUAGGUUUUAUAGGCUAUAAUUUGUUGAAAAUUAUAGUUUUUAAAUUAAUUAUAAGAUCUGUGUUAGAUCACAAAAAAAAAUAUUUACUUUCGAAAGUUGUUAAAAAUUGUAUAAUUACAUAAUAUUUUAUAAAAUAAUAAAUCGAUUAUA